CACGUGAUAAUAAUACUAAUAAUACUAAUAAACUUCAAUGAAAUGAAACAAAAUCUGAAAAUAUGAGAGUGGAAUUGUCAAUGGCAUAGUGUUUGUCUAAUACGUCAAAGUUUAUGUUUGAUAGGACUGUUCCUAUCAUUUUAUUUGUGAUUUUCAUUUGUCCAAUGGAAACAUGAAGAUGUGAGAACUAGAGCAACAAGGCUAGCCUACUGUGCUAAGAACAAUUCUGCAGAAACACAAGUACAAAGUGAAUGUUUUCAAAACCAGAGUUCCAAAACAGAUAAUGUAUAAUAAUAAUAAUUUUCAUAAUAACAUAAAUCUCUCGAUAAGGUGUUUUUCAGCCUGAUCUCCACUCAGGCUGAUGCUAUCGAUGAAGGUUAACUCUUGAUUACUUGCUUAAGUCUGUGUUUAAGGUUGUACGGUCUGCUUUUCUUCACCUUUGUUUUGUAGGCAAGAGGAGAGACGUGCACAGAUUAAGGAUGUGUAGGAAAAGCAGAGCUCACCCUCUUGUAGCGUAGCGUCUCCCUGUUGGUCGUUGCUCUCACAGGAAUCUGGCUACAUCGGUCUGGAAAUUACCAUGCAUCAGAAUUACCCGCAGUCCGGCGCUGAUCUAUCUAUCAAACGGAGUAGCUGCUUUGCUUUUUCAAAUGUGGCUUUAUUAAACACACUGUGUGAUUACGUUGGCAGUGGGUAUGCAGUGAAACUCCAUGUAGCUGUACUCAGGCUUGAUGCUAUCGCUGAAGGUCAACUCUUGAUUGCUUGCUUAAGUCUGUGUUUAAGGUCAAAGUCACAAGUCGUAUGGUCUGAUUUUCUUCUCCUUUGUUUUGUAGGCAGGAGGAGAGAAGUGGACCAUAAACAACAUGUGACUUUGCGCUAAACCCUUUUAGCUGAUUCAUAAAAACACAGUGAGGGAAAAAACAUGAAAUUAACCUGCGCCCCAUUGUCCUUAGGGUUUGCUCCUUCUGGUUUUAUAAUAUGUUUUAAGGAUUUCAAGAUGCUGCACAUAUAUCCAGAGAGAGGAAUUUUUAUGUUCUCGGAUAACAUUUGUGGCACUGUUCAGAUUAGAGUCCCUCUUCAGUAUCACUGGCAUUCCUACUGCUGAUGUUAAUAAGCAUUUUGGGUUUUAUAAGAAUUUGCAGCAAGCAGCCCUUUGUGACAUAAUCUAAGCCUCACACCCACAUUUAUAUUUAAUCUCUGCAGGAAAGUCUAAGCACCCGACUCUUCCCCUGAGGCAAGUUCAUUUUUAUUGUUGACUUAAAGCACUUCAUUUGCCAGAAACCAGUGGGUUGACUCCUUUUGAUUCACACAGGCAUCAGCUUUUCUUUCUUUGUUCUUUUUUGUUUGUGUGGAGAGGGUGCAUCCUUAUGGCUUUCCAGUUGUUUUCAAAAUAAACUGUCCUAGAAAGCAAUUACCAUACCUGAGAGCUCACAGAGUGUGUGUGGGUUAUACAGUGCCUAGCUGCCUCUUACGUGAACUCUGCACGGGUUGAUAGGAGCCUUCCAUUCAGACAAUGAAAGCAGAAAGAGCAUCCCUACUUUCAGGGUGACUUUACAUGGAAAAGCAUGUCUGGGCGCAGCGUCCGUCUGAAAUCUGUUCCUAUCCAAAGCCUCUCCGAACUGGAGCGAGCACGACUACAGGAGGUAGCUUUUUACCGUCUACAGCAAGAUUAUGAUUUGAACUGUCAGAUCACCAUUCCCAAAGAUGGGCAGAAGAGGAAGAAGUCUUUGCGGAAGAAACUGGAUUCAUUAGGAAAGGAGAAAAACAAAGACAAAGAAUUCUUACCACAGGCAUUUGGAAUGCCACUAUCGCAAGUUAUUGCCAAUGACAGAGCACACAAACUUCGGCAGGAUUCUCAAAAGGAAGAGCAGAAAGAUGUGGUAGAUUUUGUAGCAUCAAUUCUACCCUUUGGAUCAAAGAGACAGAAUAAAGAACUCUCAAGCAGUAAUUCAUCUCUGAGCUCCACUUCAGAAACACCAAAUGAAUCAACCUCCCCCAAUACACCAGAAGCAGCACCUCGGGCAAGGAGAAGGGGUGCAAUGUCAGUGGACUCAAUUACUGAUCUUGAUGACAAUCAGUCUAGACUCCUAGAAGCUUUGCAGUUGUCACUGCCAGCAGAGGCUCAAAGUAAGAAAGAAAAAGAAAGGGAUAAAAAGUUAAGUCUGAACCCUAUCUACCGGCAAGUUCCCAGGCUUAUGGACAGCUGCUGUUUACAUUUAGAAAAGUAUGGGCUGCAGACAGUGGGGAUCUUUAGGGUUGGAAGUUCCAAAAAGAGAGUACGACAGUUACGUGAAGAUUUUGACCGUGGCAUAGAUGUUGCAUUAGAUGAAGAACACAGUGUUCAUGAUAUUGCUGCCUUGCUAAAAGAAUUUCUGAGAGAUAUGCCGGAUCCCCUUCUUACCAGAGAACUCUAUACAGCUUGUAUUAACACUUUAUUAUUAGAUACAGAUGACCAACUUUUUACGUUACAACUACUCAUUUACCUGCUACCUCCCUGCAAUUGUGAUACACUACACAGGCUGUUGCAGUUCCUGUCUACCGUUGCCAACCAUGCAGAUGACACAAUGGACAAAGGUGGACAAGAGAUUACUGGGAACAAAAUGACAUCAUUAAACCUUGCCACAAUAUUUGGGCCUAAUCUGUUGCACAAGCAGAAAUCGUCCGACAAAGAGUUUACAGUUCAGAGUACUGCCCGCGCAGAGGAAAGUACAAUAAUUAUUGCAGUUGUACAAAAGAUGAUUGAGAACUUUGAAAACCUUUUUAUGGUUCCUCCUGAUUUACAGAAUGAAGUUCUCAUUAGUCUGCUAGAGACCGACCCAGAUGUUGUGGACUAUUUGCUAAGAAGGAAGGCUUCCCAAUCAUCGAGCCCUGAGUUGCUAAGAUCAGAGUCAUCUUUCUCAGUUGAAGGAAGACAUUCAUCCACAGACUCAAAUAAAGCUUCUAGCGGGGAUGUUUCUCCGUAUGACAAUAACUCUCCAGUCCUGUCUGAACGUUCUGCUAUUGCAAGGCAAGAAGACAACGUCAAUUCAGAGAGGCUCCACAAGACUCCUGAACCACACACACUGGCUGGGCACCUAUUGACAAAAACCAGGGAUUAUUCCACUACACAGUGGUGUAAUAAGGAAGUUCCAGAGGACAAUUUUGAUAUAUGGGGCACCUGGCAUUCAACUUUAAAAUCUAUAUCCAAAGAUCAAGGAGUGACAGAUUCAUAUGGGAAUAUCUACGAAAACAACUCAUUGCAACAAGGACAGUGUUCUCAUUCCCAAGGAAACAUUGGUCAAAAUUGGCAGCAGUGUAAAAACCCUGUAAAAGAAUUAGACAAUGGAAAGGCAAAUAUACGGAGGAGUCAGACAUCAUCUGCCAUUCCUGAGCUCCGAUCACACAUUCCAGUGACCCGAGUAUGCAGCAAUCUACAGACUGAGUUAAGCAGAAGAAACGUGGAAUAUUCUUCAAGAUGUGAUCAGCACUUAAUUACCAGCAAUGCUGAGGACAUUUCUGGCAAAGAUCCAUCAUUGCCUUGUAUCGAGAAUAAACCAAGGCCUUUAUAUCUGCAGCAUGCUGAUGUCAGUAAAAAUGAGGCCCGUCUCCCCCCUCCAUACCCAGGCCCAGUAAAACAAAGUGCAGCACAGACUUAUCGUUCCUCAUUUUUUUCAAAUGAGCAGAGUUUGUGGAGAUUGCCAAAGUCAGAGACACUUGCUGGGACAUCAUUGAGUAGGACUCAAGUCACAGAACAAGCUGCUUGUAACAGGCAGACUUCUCAGAAAAACCCAGACAAUAACCAGAACAGUAGAAAUCUGACAGAACAAAACUGGCAGGACUGGCAGAGAGAGAGGUGGCAAAUCUGGGAACUCUUAGCUGCAGAUAACCCCGAUACUCUCCCAGAAACACUAGUAUGAUGGACAAAAGUGGACACAAAAGCCAUAGUCUUACUUGAGACUAAAGAUACAAGAAGGACAGUGAAAAUAAUGUACCUUUUUAUUUUUUUACACUUAUUUUUUAACUUUAAUUCCUUUGGAACUAUUAUUUGCAUUUAUACGUAUGCAUCACUGCCAUGUUGUCUUUUCUUUAUCAGUUGCUGCUUACAUUAAAGGACAUGAGUUCAACAUUUUUUAUCAUGGUGUAUGCUAAGAAAGCAGAUGAGUAGAUUGGUUGUCUUAAUGCCUAGACAUUCCCUAUGUAUAUUCUUCAGUGGGCUUAUCCUAUAUGCCGUGGGAACAAGCAGUAAACAGUAGUUAUGUUUGCGUAGAUGAACCAGCGCUAUAAGCGUGGGAUAGACAGAAAGAAAGUAAUAGUAUUUCUUAGUUUGUUGUUACACCCUUCUGUGGGGGUUGGAGUUAUUUAUUAAGCAAGUGCCUGGGUGCCUGUGAAUUCAGAGGCACCCAAAACAUAUGUACACAGAGUGAUCGCAGAGCUCAAGUGAGGUGUUAUUGCUCAACGACUCUCCUCCACCCUUCCACUUCCAGGCCUGUGGAAAGACAGAACCAGUGGAUGCCUACAACGCCUACAAAGGUGGAAUAACCAUUCUCAAUGCAAACAAUAUUUCUAAACGUUUGUGACUUCAUAAUUUGAUUACACAGACGGCACCACUUUUUUAAAAAAUUGGUUGAAGGGCAAGUGAACCCCGCAGGUGAAGGGAAAUAGACACUCUGCUUAAUAAAUAACUCCAAACCCCACAGAAAGGUGUAACAACAAACUAAUUAAUACUAUACUAUAUAGAUUUAUUUUUCACUGCACUUGUCUUACCAUGAUAAUUAAGAACUUCUUUAUAAAUUAUGCACAUGCUGGUUUCUGUGCUUUUCAUUUUUUAUUGAAGGGGAAAAUGUAAUUUUUAUACUCAGGUUGUUGGGGAAAGACGUAAAUUAAAAUGCUAUAUUGCAGGGGCACUAUCAGAGUAGGACUGUAAUUUAUUCCAUGAUUUAAUUUAUACAAGUUAGCAUCCAAGAAAGACUGUAUAUAUUUCGAUUUUAAGCAAGUACAGUAGGUUGGAAAGUAACUACCACAGCAGAUCAUAAGAAAAGCUAUUAGAUAAUGGGGUCUUAAGAACAGUCUACAUAAAUGCAUUACAAUCGAGUGACGUCUUCCUUGUAACCUAGUGCUUAUAUACUGUACAUGUUGUAUAUAUAUAUAUAUAUAUAUAUAUAUAUAUAUAUAUAUAUAUAUAUAUAUAUAUAUAUAUAUAUAUAAAAUUAGAGGGUUAAAUAAGGUGUUUAUUUGUGGCAUCAAGGCAUAUUACUAUAACCUGGUAAUACAGGAUUGGUAAUUCAUAACUUGUAUGUUGUUUUGAUGAAUAAUCCAACUAGUAAAUAUGCGUAUAAUACCUUCCAUAAUCCGGGGGGGGGGGGCUAAUUUAUUUGGCCAGAGCAGCUAAUGUUGGGAAUAUUAGGCAUAUAUUUUUCUGUAUCAAGGUUAUUAAAGGAAAACUAUACCCUGGAAAAUGUAGGACUUUAAAAAUAUAGUGCAUAAAACAGCUUAUAUGUAAAACCCUGCUUCAUGUAAAUAAGCCAUUCACAUAAAAAUAUACUUUUAAUAGUAUGUGCUAUUGGGUAAUUCUAAAAAGAAAAUUCUAAUGUUAUGAAAAAAAGGCUGCCCCUGUGAUCCUAUGAUUCUAGGUGCACACAAACAACCCAUACAUAGGUCAUACUAUCAUAUAUAGUUCAUGUCUUUAUAUGUUGCAUAAGUAUUCAUUUUAGGGGUAUAGUUUUCCUUUACAAGUUUCCCUGGUUUUGUGCACAAGGCCCUGUAUCUGCCAGUUACCAAAAGUAGAUGUUUAAUACAGGGUUACAUCAGAGAUCUGUGGCCCUUUGCAUUUUUGUGUAUUUCAAAUUAUAAAAGUAAUCCAACUCACCAUUUAAAUGCUCCAGUGAUGCUCAUAGACCUUCUGUCCUAUUCCUUAACAUAUGCAUACCUAUGUCUCUUUAGCUGUUGGUGGCUUUUAGGAGAGCAAAUGAAGGGUUGUAGUUAGGGCAACAGUAUAUAAAGUGGUAUGAUGAGCAUCUUACCAUGCUCAUGGAAUCUCACUGCUUUUCGGGGUCCUACUAUGUGCAGGUUCCAGUGCUUUCAUCCCUAUUUGUCAAACAAGGGAAAGUUGUGCUCAACACUAAUUUUUAAAACCAUUAGGCAGGGGUGCAAUGAGGCUGUGACCACAAAAUACUUAUACAAAUACAAGA